ACAAACAGACAAGAAAACAUUUUAAUACACAAAAAAUAAACAUUAUUAAUUCCUGAAAAUUAAACAACAAACCAAAACUCCUCCCGUACACUAAUUGCCAAAAACAAAACAACUACUAAGAAAAUACAAAACAUGUUAAGAGUGCGCAAUUAUUCCUAUGCACCACAUUUGCAAAGAGAAGGACGUUUGAUUUGCCCCUUGCCCUCGCCACCAAAAGUUGAUUCGAAUGGUGAAUGGCAUGCGAAUUUAAAGCCCUGUGAACGUCUAUUCUAUCAUCAAACAUUGGCUUCCGCUCGUGCCAGCAAACGUUUCGUUGCCACUUCGCAGAUACCUAAGGACUCCUUGGAUUUCAAGCUGCAGUCACGUUAUAUACAUUCUAGGGAGAUUUUUCCUGAAUUGAUCGAUUAUGUACUGCAGCCAGAGACGUGCUGUCAAAUGCCGCAAACAUUCAGGGUACUUAGAAAUACCAUCGACAUAAAAUUACCGAAACCUGAGAAAAAUGGGCAUCCAUUGAAAAUAGGCGGCUUGAAGGAGAAGAUAUCACCCCACAGUGUAAAGUUAAUAAACAGUGGACCUCAUACACAGAUGGUCAAUAAUGGUUAUUCUCGUCAACCGGCAGAUGGCAAUUUCUUCCGUUACUAAUGCUUCAAGGACUUGUUUUUGUUUUGGCAAACAAAUUUACUCUCUUUUUCCUAAUAAAAAUUUUUGCGAGUGAUUUGACGGUACAAAA